AAAAAAACUUAUCAGUCGCAUCCCUCGUGAUCUAAGUCGUCGCUCGAACCCGAAACGGUGCUGCUACACAUCGGCCACCAUUUCGUGAAGAAACCCCGGCGGCGCCUCCCAAUCCCCAACCCUAAAGCUCCCGGAAUGCUGUGAGCUCAUCGACCUUCCUCCCUCGCCCUCUUCGCUUGAUCCCUUCUCUAGCCGCAAGGAUCGAGAAUGAUUCUGCCGGUGAUGAAGCUCGGGACGUUGGUUCUGAAAACCGUCUGCAAGCCCAUCGCCAACAAGCUCAAGAAGGAGGCCGGUCGUCACCCUAAAUUUCGCCAGCUUAUUGUCAACCUCGCUCAGGCCAAUCACCGCAUCACAACAAAUGUACAACGACGAAUUUAUGGUCAUGCAACUGAUGUUGAGAUACGACCAUUGAAUGAGGAGAAAGCUGUUCAAGCUGCUUCAGAUCUUAUUGGAGAACUUUUUGUAUUUUCAGUGGGCGGUGCUGCUCUUAUAUUCGAGGUGCAAAGAAGUGCAAGAUCAGAAGCUAGAAAAGAGGAAAUCCGCAGGCAGGAAAUUCAGGCUAUAAAACAGAAAGAGGAGGAUCUACUGAAAGAGGUAGAACAACUCAAGCAGAAGCUGAGUGAGAUUGAACAACUCGCCAGAAGCCGAGGUCUUUCAGGAAUCUUCACCUUGAGGAAGGAUCAUGCACUCGAAAGCACCAAACCAGCAACACCUGCUUGAGCUCUUCAACCGUAUCUCUGCGAAUUGAAAUGUUUCUUCAGCGGAUUAAUUACUUGCAUUGAGUUGACGCAUUUUCUCAACUAUUAUGUCACUUUUUUUUUCCUUUCAUUUUCGAUUGGAUUCUGGGAUGCUCUAAUAUUGCGCUGAUAGCAGUGCGACAAAUCUGGGACAAUGCGAGGGCCAAAAACCAUUGUAGACCUCUGGUAUAUCGAAUAAAAGACUUUUGAUUCAGAAGAGAUUGCAACGUAUUUUGAAUGUGAGCGACUGCGACUAAUCAUGAAGGCCCUGUAAAAAUGG